ACCUAUUCCGAUGUCAUGGUCUCCUAUACAAUGACGAGCUCCUUGUACUUCAUAGCCUUUGGUAUGGGUGCCAGCCCUUUCACCAACAUCGAGGCUGUGAAAGUUUUCUGCCAGAACAUGUGUGUCUCCAUCCUGUUGAACUACUUCUAUAUCUUCUCCUUCUUUGGCUCUUGCUUGGUCUUCGCUGGGCAGUUGGAACAGAACCGUUACCACAGUAUCUUCUGUUGUAAAAUCCCUUCAGCAGAAUACCUGGAGAGGAAACCUAUGUGGUUCCAAACCAUGAUGAGUGACGGCCAUCAGCACACUUCUCAUCAUGAGACUGACCCCUACCAGAAUCACUUCAUCCAGCAUUUCCUACGAGAGCAUUACAAUGAAUGGAUUACUAACAUCUACGUCAAGCCAUUUGUGGUGAUACUGUAUCUCAUUUAUGCCUCUUUCUCCUUUAUGGGUUGCUUACAGAUCAGUGAUGGGGCCAACAUCAUCAACCUCCUAGCCAGUGAGUCUCCAAGCGUCUCCUAUGCCCUCAUUCAGCAGAAGUAUUUCAGCAACUACAGUCCUGUGAUAGGAUUCUACAUCUAUGAACCUCUUGAAUAUUGGAAUGGCACUGUGCAAGAAGACUUAAAAACACUGAGCCAUGGUUUCAAUACAGUGUCCUGGAUUGAACAAUACUAUCAGUACCUGAGAGUUGGCAACAUCAGCACCACCAAUAAAAGUGAUUUUAUCAGCAUCCUUCAGAGCUCCUUUUUAAAAAAAUCCGAAUUCCAGCACUUCAAAAAUGACAUCAUUUUCUCCAAGGCUGGAGAUGAGAACAACAUCAUUGCUUCCCGCAUGUAUCUAGUGGCCAGGACUAGUGAAAACACACAAAGGGAGGUGGUGGAAUUGCUGGAGAAGUUAAGGCCACUAUCUCUAAUACAGAGCAUCAAAUUCAUUGUGUUCAAUCCUACCUUUGUUUUCAUGGACCAUUAUGGUUUAUCAGUAACUAUGCCUGUCCUGAUUUCUGGCUUUGGCAUCCUGCUGGUGUUAAUACUGACCUUUUUCCUGGUUAUUCAUCCUCUGGGAAACUUCUGGUUAAUUCUUAGUGUCACCUCAAUAGAGUUGGGUGUGCUAGGCUUGAUGACUUUAUGGAAUGUAGACAUGGAUUGUAUUUCUAUACUGUGCCUUAUCUACGCUUUGAAUUUUGCCAUAGAUCACUGUGCACCCCUGCUUUACACAUUUGUACUAGCAACUGAGCACACCCGAACUCAGUGUAUAAAAAACUCCCUCCAAGAGCACGGGACAGCCAUUUUGCAAAAUGUUACUUCUUUCCUGAUUGGGUUGGUCCCCCUUCUCUUUGUGCCUUCAAACUUGACCUUCACACUGUUCAAAUGCCUGCUGCUCACCAGCGGUUGCACACUACUGCACUGUUUUGUUAUUUUACCCGUCUUCCUAACUUUUUUCCCACCCUCCAAAAAGCACCACAAGAAAAAGAAACGGGCCAAAAGGAAGGAGCGAGAAGAGAUUGAAUGCAUAGAGAUUCAGGAGAAUCCUGAUCAUGUAACAGCAGUCUGAAAGGCUUAGAAAAAAAUAAUCUAGAUAGAUAUAUAUUACAAAGCGUUGCACAGAGAUGCAGGGAAAGUAGAGCAAAGAUCUCAGCUGCUUGCGCUGGCCAGAUGCAACAAGGAAAAGGAAGACCAAGAAGGGGUAUUUCAUGACACGUAAAGGUGAACUCUUCUAAACAAAAUAACAAAAGUGAAAAUAAUCUAAAAAUAUUUCUUUGAAUUCUCAUUCUCCACUAAGGAAGAGCCUGUGGGCCUUCAAGUGGUCUUGAAUUUAAAACUCUAGCUCUAAAUGUGAAUUGAUCAAUCUGCCACAUGUAAGACUGAAGUCGGGGAGUGGGGGAGGGGAAGAGUUAUCAAGAAGAAAAUAGUGUACGCUAGAAUGGUUUGAUAAAGUUGCCUGGCAAAAAGCAACAAGGGUUUCAAACAAGAAAAAUAAAGAAGUAAAAGUAAGGGAGAGUAAAAAUGCCAUGAUAUUUUUCGUAUUUCUUUUCUUAAGCGGGUUGGGUAAAGUAAACCUAUGCACUUGGGAAGUAGAUAUUUAAAUCAAUCUCAGCCAAAGUACUUCCCAACUUGAAUAUACAGUGUGUAACUAUAUGCCACAGUUAAAACAUUAUCAUUAAUUCAGAUGGUAAAGCUAUACUGCCAUGUGAUACAGGUACUGGAUAUAUGGGUA